UCCUGUGAAUGAAUGUUUCUGUUUCUUUUAAGUUUGGAGUAUUUGAAAUAGCCUACAUGGGUGAUGGUUUUACUGCGUGAAAUCGAGGAUUGUCUGGUGAACGGUAUGAGGAUGUGUUCUUUGAGAGUGAAGCCUGUUGAGAAGUGGGUAGGACAGAGGGAGUCUUAACCCACUGGUGUUUGGGAACAGCUUCUAGAAUGAAUCUCAAAUCUGUGCCCAGGGUUUGUCUGCAGAAAAGCUGUUUGGAGUAGUGCAUGUGGCCACUGGUCCUCCAUGUGUAGUAGCAGGUUAGAUGUACGCAGGCGGUGCAAAUGACCAGAAAGAGCUGGCAUUCCAUUAUAGGCAUACUGACCUGGUAAGCUGCUCUGCCUUGUCAGACUCUUGCAGAGCUGGUGCUGGAGCUUCACUUAAAGCAGGUUAUGGAGCCAUCGGCUCCUAGAGCUGCUGCUGCCUGCUCAGGGCGUAGAGCACAGCACCAACAAAUGUUUCUCAUGAUUUUAAGAGACCAUGUGGUAAAUGUGCAGCUAAGCAGAGGCUUUUUGUUUUUUUUUUUCUUCUUCCUCAGAAAGCAUGUAUUAUUUAGAAAUUACAUUGAGCCUGUACAGCACAUAAAAUGCAUGUGGACACCAUGUUGUACCUGUGCAAUCAUUAAUGAUGUGUUUUACCAUUCAGUGAUUUUCCUUUGUCUCGCUUAACAGACUUGCAUGACACUUGUAUAGAAAAAUGCACAUCUUUUCCUUAAGAAACAGGCAAGAAUAUCACUUAAUGUCUUUUACAUUUUGACUUUAAAUUGCAUUUACUGUCAGAUGAGUUCUUGUCUUAUAAACUUGUCAGACCUCUCCUUGAACAUCGUUUUGUAGUUAAUUUCUUUGUGAAAAUACAGAGAAAGCAUACUGGGCUUCUGAAAUCUGACGGUAAUAUUUGCAGAUAUUACUCUAAAGGAUGAACCAUUUCCUCCAGCUUAAAAUAUUAAGCCAGCAUUGCUUCAGCUUGCUUUGCAAGGCUUAACUAUAUCUGCAGUUAUGUAAGUUUCAGUUAUGUGAUAUUUCAUGGGCAUCUAUUUAAACAUACAACUAUUAUUUUUAGUUGAAAUAUAGACUAUAUAAAGACUUAAAAGAUGUGGGAUCAAGGUGGACAACCUUGGCAGCAAUGGCCUUUGAACCAACAGCAGUGGAUGCAGUCAUUUCAGCACCAGCAAGAUCCAAGCCAGAUUGACUGGGCUGCAUUAGCUCAAGCAUGGAUUGCUCAGCGAGAAGCCUCAGGGCAACAGAGUGUAGUGGAACAACAAGGAAUGAUGCCAAACGGACAGGAUAUUUCAGGAAUAGAAUCUGGUCCAAACAACCAUAAUAAUUUUCAGGGGGAUCCCAACUUCAACAGAAUGUGGCAGCCAGAAUGGGGAAUGCCUCACCAGCCCCCUCACCCACCUCCAGAUCAGCAGUGGAUGACUCCAGCCCCAAGUCAAAUGGAAAUUGUUCCUCCGUCUGAAGACAGCAACAGUCAGGACAGUGGGGAGUUUGCUUCCGACAACAGGCAUAUGUUUAACCAGAACAAUCACAACUUUGGGGGACCUCCCGAUAACUUUUCAAUGGGGCCAGUGAACCAGUUUGACUAUCAGCAUGGGGCUGCUUUUGGUCCACCUCAAGGUGGCUUUCAUCCACCUUAUUGGCAGCCAGGACCACCAGGGCCACCAGGUCCACCAGCACCUUCUGCACCUCCUCAAAAUCGAAGGGAAAGACCCUCAUUCAGAGAUCGACAGCGUUCACCUAUCGCGAUGCCUGUGAAGCAGGAGCCUCCACAGAUUGAUGCUGUGAAACGUAGAACUCUGCCUGCCUGGAUUCGUGAGGGCCUGGAAAAGAUGGAACGAGAAAAACAGAAAAAGUUGGAAAAAGAGAGGAUGGAACAGCAACGUUCACAGUUGUCUAAAAAAGAAAAAAAGGAAAGUGAGGAGGCUGGAGAAGGGGAUGGCCCACGGUUACCUCAGAAAAGUAAAUUUGACAGUGAUGAGGAAGAUGAAGAUGCUGAAAACACAGAAGCUGUAAGCGUUGGGAAAACCAGCAGGAGUCCAUCCCCAGCUCCUCAAGAGGAGCAAAGCGAACCAGAAAUGACAGAAGAGGAAAAGGAGUAUCAAAUGAUGAUGCUGACAAAAAUGCUGCUGACAGAGAUUCUCCUAGAUGUCACAAAUGAAGAAAUCUAUUAUGUGGCCAAAGAUGUUCACCGUAAAGCAACUAAAGCUCCUGCAAAACAGCUGGCACAGUCCAGUGCACUGGCUUCCCUCACUGGACUCGGUGGACUGGGUGGUUAUGGAUCAGGAGACAGUGAAGAUGAGAGGAGUGACAGAGGCUCUGAAUCAUCUGAUACUGAUGAUGAGGAAUUACGACACAGAAUCAGGCAAAAACAGGAAGCAUUUUGGAGAAAAGAGAGAGAACAGCAACUACUACUAGAAAAACAGCUAGAAGAAGAAAAGCUACAAAGUGAAAAAGUUUCAAAAGAGAUGAAUGAAUUUAUCAACAAAGAACAGAAUAGUAACUCAGCAUCACAGGAGGCAAAAGAAAUUGAAGCAGAUACGGUUCAUGAAAAGAAAAGAUCUCCAAAUGCAAUUGCUCCUGAUACAGAGCUUAAAAAAGAGGGUAAAGAGAGGACAGGAAGGAGUGGGUCUGGAAGCUCUAGCAGUGGUAGCAGUAGCAGCAAUAGCAGAAGCAGUAGCAGCAGCAGCACUGUAUCUAGUUCAUCCUAUAGCUCUAGCUCAGGUAGUAGUCGCAGCUCUUCACGUUCUUCCUCUCCUAAAAGGAAGAAGAGGCACAGUCGCAGUAGGACACCUUCACAUAAAGUUAGGCGCAGCAGAAGCAGGAGUUACACCCACAGAAACAGGAGAGAGAGAAGUAGGAGCAGGGAGAAACUAAGGGAAAGGAGAAGAUCUAGUAGAAAUCACAGUGCUGAAAGAGGGGAGAGGCGAAGAAAUCGGACUCCUUCAAGAGAGAGAAGCUGGGAUAGACGUAGUAGCCGUUCCAGAGACAGGCGAGCUAACCGUGCAAGCCGUAGCAGAAGCAGGGAUAGGCGUAAAGCUGAAGACCAGCGUAGAAGCCCUCCUGGAAAUAGACACAAACAUAAAAGUGAGGGUAAAGACCAAGAAAGAAAGAAGGAGCAGGGUGGAGCUGUAGAUAAGGACAGAAAAAAGAACAGAGAAAGGGAGAAAGAACAGGAAAAAAGAAAAGACAGGUCCAAAAAAGAGGAAAAAGAAAGUAAGGCUGGCAGUCUUGACGACAGUAGAUUAAAGAGAAAAAGGGACAGCGAAAGAACUUUCACUCGCGGUGAGUCCAUAUGUGUGAAAAUAAUAAGACAGGAUUCCAGGCAAGAAUGCAAAAGAAUUACUACCAAAGAUAGCAAAAAACGGUCAGGCUCCGAAUCUAGUGCGAGGAGUAGUUCUGAAUCGCCAGGAAGCAGCAAAGAAAAGAAAGCUAAGAAAUCAAAGCAUAUUCGGUCAUGCUCCAUGGAGAAAUCUCAAAGGUCUGGUAAGAAGGCAAGCCGCAAACACAAGUCUAAGUCACGAUCAAGAUCAACGACUCCUCUUCGUCGUAAACGCUGAGGAAUUUAUGGCACCAGUGCUAUGAUGUUUAAAAAUUCCAUGAGUUAUAAAGGCUUGUCUCAUUAUAGAGGCACAUUGUGGCUAUGUAGGUGAAACCAGAAUCCUUUUUUUAUCUGUAAAUAGGUGUAUUUUUUCCAAAUGCUGCUCAGAAUUAAAUACCUAAUAGGAUUUCUUUGCAUUACCUUUUUUUUUUUUUCCUCCCCAAGAACGGUAGUGCUUAUUAAGAAUAUAAACCAGGCCAUUCUCUUUCAGCUGUAAUGUUCUUAAAAUUACUAUUGAAUGUACUGUGAUGUCAAUAAAGCUCUUUAGUUCA